AUGGAGACAACCAUAACUAUGCUUGGAACGGUAACAUCUAGGACACGCAAUACAAGUGUAAGAGUUCGAGUCUUGCAUGCUUGGUGGCAAGGUGUUAGUGGUAAAGAUCCUAUGUUGGAACUUAUCUUGGGGGAUGAACAGGGAGGUAGAAUAGCGGCUUCAAUAAGAGGAAAGUGGACUGACAACUUCACUAUUACUACUAAUGGAACUGUCCAAGGUCACAAAUUUUUGCCAACCGCGCAUAAGUAUAAGAUUGUAUUUUCACCAACCACUAUCGUUAGGCCAAUUCAAGAUUUCACUGGAUCCCGCCAUGCUUUUAACUUCACAUCUUUUACUGAUAUUGCCACUAAUGAUAAGAUUAAAGAUAAUGAUUGUGUAGAUAUCAUUGGACGUCUUUGCAAGAUGGGAGAUAUUGUUAACUUUGACAGGAAAGGUGUCGAAUCAACCAGGAUGGUCUGUUAUCUUGAGGACUUAGAAUCAGUUCAAAUCAAAUUGACAUUGUUUGGAAAAUUUAUUGAACUUCUGACUGAUGAGGUUUCAAAGCAAGACCAAGAGCAAGACCGACCGGUUGUCAUCAUCCUUCAGUUUGGGAAGAUUAACCAGUACAGAGAAAAUAAGGGUGUUGCAAACGCUUUUAAUGGAUCCAAGCUAUUUGUCAACAAUGACAUUGAUGAGAUAAAAGCAUUUGUAGAAAGAUAUGAUGGAAACGGUCAAGUUGAACAAAUCGAAGGUUGUCAGUCUACAAUCAUGAACCCAGAUGAUUUUCUAAAAGAUUGUGAUCAUGUGACUUUGGCUGAUUAUAUGACACAUGAACCGGAUGGCUCUUAUGUUACAUAUGCAACAAUUGAUAGCAUUGAUGCUGACGAACCAUGGUGGCAUUCAGCAUGUAAAAGUUGCCGCAGAAAGGUUUAUAAGAUAAAAGAAGCCGAAAAAACAGAGACUUAUGUUGGUAAUGGAUUAAGGUGCCCCGGAUGUGGUCCUAAUCCUAAAUCUCUUUAUCCGAAGUUCAAUGACACGUCAUCUGUUGCAGCUGAUAGUGAAACCUCAUUGAGAAGUCCAACUGAAAAAAAUUCAACAACUGACUCGGACAAUGAUCCCGAAGUUGUCGAGUGUUUAAUGAACAAGAAUAGAAAGGUCCUUCGUUGCACUGAUCUUUAA